AUGCCUAAAGACUACCGGAAACAUGACGUUGUUAUAAUUGGAGCUGGUCCAGUGGGCUUGCUCCUGUCUGUGUUAUUGACGAGAUGGGGCUACAAUGUACGGCAUAUCGACAACAGACCAGUACCAACAGCUACCGGCAGAGCCGACGGUAUCCAGCCUCGGACUCUCGAGAUUCUGAAGAACAUGGGCCUGAAGCGCAAUAUUAUGGCAUUCGACCCGGCUCGAGUCUUCGAGGUAGCAUUUUGGGAUCCAGCGCCCGGCGGCAAGAUCGUCAGAACAGGAACAUGGGCCAGCUGUCCGGCAUUUCUUGACGCCAGAUAUCCCUUCACAGCGUUACUCCAUCAAGGUCUAAUAGAACGAGUUAUGAUCGACGAUCUUCGAAAGAAUGGCAACGACGUUCAAAGACCGUGGACAAUAACACGCUUCGAGACGAACAAUGUCGACAAGGAUUAUCCCGUCGAAGUCGACUUAAAAAACCUCGACAGCAAUGUCACAGAAACAGUCCGUGCCAAGUACCUGUUCAGCGGCGAAGGAGCCCGCAGCUUCGUCCGAGAGCAGCUACAGGUACCAAUACGGCACAAAGACCCAAUUUCACACGUCUGGGGCGUCAUGGACGGCGUUUUGCGAACCAACUUCCCAGAUAUCAAGAUGAAAUGCACAAUCCACUCCGACCACGGCAGCAUCAUGGUCAUUCCUCGCGAGGACAACAUGGUGCGCCUUUACAUCCAGAUCGCCUCUUCCACAGACCCCGACUUCAACCCACGGAAGACAGCAACCGUCGAGGAAGUCCAGACCGCGGCAAAGAAUAUCUUCCAACCAUACUACUGCGAGUGGGAUCGCGUAGAAUGGUACUCAGUGUACCCAAUCGGCCAGGGCAUUGCCGAGAAAUACACGCUCGACCACCGCGUCUUCAUGGGCGGCGACGUGUGCCACACACAUUCUCCCAAAGCCGGCCAAGGCAUGAACACCGCCUUCCACGACGCCCUUAACCUCGCCUGGAAACUCCACCACGUCGAAUCCGGCUUUGCCGACCGCUCCAUCCUCACCACCUACGAGACCGAACGCAAAUCCGUAGCCGAAACCCUUCUCGACUUCGACAACAAAUACGCCGCCCUCUUCUCCCAACGCCAACCCUCAUCCUCCGAGGUUCACUCCGCCUCCAACAGUGACACCUCCUCGCACACUAACACCUCCGCCCCCGAAGACGAAAACCCCUUCGUCGCCAUGUUCAAAGCCAACUGCGAAUUCACCGCCGGCUACGGCGUCGCCUACAAGCCCAACAUCCUCAACCACUCCGCCGACCACACCUUCCAACACCCGCUCCUCCUCACGAAUCACCCCAAACUCCGCACCGGCCGCAUCCUCCCCAACAGCAACGCCACCCGCGUCGCCGAUGCAAACUUCGUGCACCUCGAGAACGAAAUCCCCUGCAACGGCUCCUACCGCCUCUUCGUCUUCGCUGGCCGCAACUCCUCCCCCAAGAAAGACCAACAUCCACAACUCACCGCCUUCGCCAAUGCAAUGCAAGACCCCAAGUCUUUUUACUCCCGCUUCGCCUACCCCACCUCCAACCGGGACACCCACCACGAGAUGGACAACCCGCACUCGCCACUCUUCAGCAUCGCGCUCGUCCUCGCGGCGAAACGAUCUGAGAUCGAGAUUUCUGACCUACCGGCCUUGUUCCACGACUACAGCGGCAGGAUUUACGCGGACGAUGUCUGGCAGCGUGCUGUCGCGGAUGCGAAGGCGCCGGCGCAUGCGAAGACGGGGUUCGAGGGUGAGGAGGGUGGAGUGGUUGUUGUGAGGCCGGAUGGGCAUGUUGCUUGUGCCGUCAGGUUGGUUGGGGAGGAGACGGUUGAGGCAUUGGAGGGGUAUUUUGCGACUUUCUUGCAUAAGCAGCUGGUGCAGACGGUGAAGACUGAGGUAUCGCCGGCGAAGGUCAGGGCACAAUUGUGA